CACAGCCGCCUCUGCUGCCAGGGAGGAUCGGAGAUACCAGCUGCGAGCCCUUGGGGGGCAAAAGCGCCGGGAGACUGCUUGCAGCCUGCUCCCCAUCCGUCUUUUUUUUUUUGGGGGGGGGGAAAGCUACAGCUGAGGAGCCUCUGCAGAAUUAGCAACACUGAACCCUUUCAAAAAUACCUGCGAGUUUCACUAAGUUUUUAUUCCCAAGAAGAGAGAAGUUAAAACCUGAAACAAAAGGGGCUUGUUGUCUUCAAACAGUAGCUGCAGGGGAAGGCACUUCUGAGAACCAUGAUGUCCCUGGGUGUCAGUAAAGGACGCGUCAUUCCGCCCACGGAUGAAGACCGCAAGAGGAUCAUUAAGCAGAUGAAGGUUCGCACCACCCUGAAAGGAGAUAAGAGCUGGAUCCACCACCACAACUCAGACUCUGAGGAUGAGAAGAAGAGCAGCCCGCUGUCUGGACGAGCCGGUGGGGGAUCCCCAGCCUCAACACCUAUCGCUCCCCAGAGUGACAGGUCUUCAGCCUCCAAGCCUCAAUCCGGUUACCUCAUCAGAGGGGUGUUCACAAGAACCAUCGAUAAGACCUCCUCUGUGCCAGAUUCUUCAUCUUCUAAUGAAGCACAAAAGAGCACCGCCGCCAAGGGACGCAGCCUGUGCCGUUCUUCCUCCGGCUACCGGAUGACCACCGAGGACUACAAGAAGCUAGCUCCGUAUAAUGUCAAGCAAAAAUCAGUGGACCUGGAUGAGGAGGAUGUGCCUUUUACUCCAGAUGAACAUAAAAAGAGGACAGAGGCAGCCAACAGCGUCCUGAGACGCACUGCCAGCAGGGAACGUGCUUACGUCCUCUCAGCAGCCAAGAAAAGCAACGGCAGCCCAACACAAGAAUUCCCACCCUUGUUUGCCAAGAGAAUUGAGAUAGAAGAGGAGGAGGGCCAGCAGAGGAGGAGUCCAGCUGUGUCUGGUUCGUGCAGGUUUGCACCAGAUGACAACAGUACUAAUGGGCUAAGAAAAACCAGUGCUGGGUCUUCCUGGAAUGAGCCAAAGGCAACAGCAGUGUCCCCCUCCAGCCCUGAAACAGGCAGUAAGAGCCAACCCACCGCAUCCUUGAGUGAAACUUCAGAGAGAAUCUCCACUUCUCCUGAAGUCGGAAAUGGUGAAAACGGACAGACCCUUAAUGGGAAAUCUUCAUCUGGAACUGUGUCACAGCCUGGGGACGGUGACAAACCUCUGAAGGAGAAGUCUGAGCGGUUCCCAUGGGAUGAACUGGCCCCCAGAGCACCCGAGGUUUCCACAAAUGGAAGUUAUGCUGAACACACAGAAGCCAACAAUGGAUUUUACCUCCCAAAGCCCCACUCUGGUGGCAGGGACGGGCCUGCAGAUGCUACAGACAAGCUGCACCACCAGCACGAGCCCUCCCGCUACCCGGAUGCUGCAAAGUCUGAACCUGCAAGGCCUAGCUUGCAGCCUGAUGUCCCUUCUCCUCCUACUGAGAGAGCCCCUGUGCACCUGGAAGACACAGAAUGUUCCUUUAAAGGAUCUGUCCUGGGCUACGAGGAGAGAAGCAGCACCCAGGAGAGCAGAUACAGGAGUCCCGAGGUCCCAGCAUACAGCAAGCCUUACUGGAAUGAAGCAACGUCUUCCCAAGAUUUCAAAGAGGGGAACCCCCCUGGAGAAAGGGGGCACGAGAGCCCGCAGGCCUUGGACGAGUAUAAACCAGAGCUGAGCCAGGGAGGGUUUUUGGACUCAAACAACCAUACCGAGAAGGGACAAGAACCUCCUGACCGUGAUGCCCACCCAGAGCCUCGCAGGUCAAAGGAACGUGCUGAACGUGAACCCAGCAUGACUGGGUCCGUGCCACGCUCCAAGGACAGCACUACCGAGAGCACGGACGUUGGCAAGGGAACGUCGCCCUGUGUGCAGAGUGAAGAAGUCGCUUCAAGAAGGUCCAGCUCUCCCCCUCGAGCCAGCAGCAGCGCUGCUCCAGAGACCCCACGUGCAAAGGAAUUGGCCUCGUGCCGGGACAGGAUCGCUCCAGCUUCUGAGGAGCAAACCUGCCCCACCACAGAGGGUCACCAGGAGGGCCCAGGAGACUGGAGACACAGUGAGCCUCACCCCGUGGCAGCCAGCAGGUCUGACUUCAGCUCAAAAGAGAGUGCUCUCAGUGCGUAUGAGAGCCAGCAUCUCAUGCCUCUGUACACGGACCGCCAGCCUUUUAGCAGCAGCCUCUCAGCACCCAGUCACAGGAUACCGUCCUAUGUAGACAGCCAAGUGUUCAGCACCAGAAGACCCACCCCAGAUUACGAAGCGGGGGUUUCUGAUGGGAGAAGCAGCCCUAGGAACAGCAGAUACGACAGUGCGAGUGCCAGGGGGCACUGUGAAUUGAGCCCCACGGCCGGACGCCACGACUCCCUUCCCAGAGACACCACCGUGUCCUUUUCCCAGAGAAGCCACAGGGUGCCGUUCUACAUGGACAGCUUAAACUAUAACAGCACCAGGCUUCUCUCGGGUUCGAGUGAGAGGAUCUGCAGUCCAGUGGCCACCUUGGCCCACAGCGGCCCAGCAGCCUCUGGGUACCAGCCCGACUCCAGCGCUGCCGGAAAAGGGGUCCUCUUUGUGAAGGAGUACGUGAACAGCAGCGAGUCGUCAGCCUCCCCACGCUACGGCAGCCUUGCGGAUUUGACUGAUCUGGAGAGAGUGACCUACAGCCACCACAGUUACCUGCCCAGCGCUCCCCUGCAGAGGUCCAGUGAACCUGUUUGCAGCUACUGCAGCCGUGAGAUCCGAGACUGCCCUAAGAUCAUAAUAGAGCAUCUUAACAUCCGCUGCCACGAAUACUGUUUCAGGUGUGGAAUUUGCCAUAAAGCAAUGGGAGAUCUUCUGGAUAAAAUAUUCAUCCACCGGGACAUUGUCCACUGUGACAAGUGCUACGAGAAACUCUUCUAGGGUUUUGCAAAGCUGGAGAAGGCAACCCGUGGAAAGUCCUCAGCAGCACAUAUCAGAAUGUAUCUAGCCGUUCCUGACUGGCUAAGAUAGCAGAAUUCCUGCUCCCCCUUUCCCUCAAGUUAUUUUCCCUCUCACUGCCUCAUCACAAUGAAUGAGUUUAACAUCCGCUAGUUUAUGCUGUCAGCUGCAAAUAAGACAAGUGCCAACGUUAACAAGAUAAGGCAGCGUCAUCUACGAAGAUAAGUGGGCUGAUUUUCCAAAGGUGCUGAGCCCCUCUGCCUGUCUUUAGCUUCAUUAAGAUUCCAGAGUGCUCCCUGUGUUGGAAGUCAGGCAGAGCGAGCUCCUUAGGCCUAUCUAAGCUAAUUGCGAGAAACCUUUUCGGAUUAUGUUUUAUUUUUUUCCGUUCAUUUCUGCAAUCAGGCUGCAGCUUGAGCGUGUGUGAGCCGGCACAAAGCAAGCAGAUACAAGAAGUGUUAAGCACUAAAUUUGGAUUCCUGGGAGGGUUUGAAUUUAAUUCUUAGCAAAAGCCUAUUUCUGCUUCGCUCACCCCCAAAUUCUGUGUAGAAAUAGCUUCUGCCUGAUUUCCAUUUGCUUUCCAUGGGCUUUCAGCAGCACUUGCAGACUCACUUUACUCUAAUUGCGUGUCAGCCUUAAUUUCCCUUUCCUGCCUAUUCCCUAGUGGGUUGCUGCAGCAGCAUGUGUGUCUGCUGUCUGUUUGGGAAGAUAACACUCUCUUUCACCUGGUAGUUUAACUCGGCCUCUGAUGGUAGGUGUCUCGUGGCCGUACAAGAUGUGCCAGAGAAUAGGUAUCUCAAUUGCCUCUCCUGACAAGGAGCACUGCUUGACUGAAAUCUGAAUUUCCUCCCACCUUGCCAAGGCUUGCUGCAGUGCCUCUCUUACCGCUGUAAAUUAUUUACAUCACAAAUGCUCACUCACAAAAUUGAACUUCUCGCAGAUGCUGUACUUACCGAAAGUCAAAAUUGCAUAAUUUUAGCCCUUAAUUCAGAUGCUGAGAAGUUGAGAAAGCUGAAUACCGAGACCUGAAAGCCAGCCUCUGUGCCUUAAAAGUACAGCUCUGAAUGUGCCCAGAGAGUUAUUUUCUCUCUGCAAGCAUUAGGAAUGUCUGCAAAGAACCCAGGUCAGUUCUGUAGUAGCUCUUGUGUGGAAAUAGGUGAUGGCAAAAGCUCUAAUGCAGACUGGUGUUAGCUACAUAAUUCUUUUAGUGAUGGAAGCUGGCAUGCAUGCAAAAGCUUAGCAAGUUAGUGUUUUAUGGCACAAGUGCUACUUAGCUUUUUUUAGGCCACUGUACCAGUUAUUUAACCGAACUAUAGGCAUGACCUCAGAAGCAACUCCAGGAGGGAGUUCCAGCUGGAACCAGUAACAGCUCAGCUACUGCCAAGCAUCAGGUUGAGACCUUAAAGCUGCGUCCGUGACCGGGGAUGGGGCAGCUCCAGUUUGAGCAUGCGUGGUACAACCCAGGGACCUGAAACCCCAGCAGUCAAGAAAGUGUGGUUUUCAAAAAUAGCUACUAAUCCGGGCUGCCUACGGUUUGAAGCUAUCAAGAUGUUAAAGAGAUGUUACUUUCUGAACAGAAGAGCGUCACAAAGCAGCUCAUCUCCCCAGAUGGCUCAUUUCUGAAAACCACAGCCAGUGGUUCCUUACUGGUACCUGUAGCAGGGCUGCGGAAUGACUGGUACACACGUCCCGUCAGGCCACGGUCAAAGGGGGAUUGUUUAAAUUACCAAAGCAGCUGGGCCUGUAACUACAGCUGGACGUGGAAAAGAUGCUCUGCAGAAAUAACGUAUUCACCGAUUCCAGAGUUCCUGACGGGUUCCUUGUGGGGAGUGGGAUUUGUCCAUCGUAUGUUUUGCACCGUUGCUCCUCAGCGCUGCCUUUCCCUGUAGCAGUUGUUUAACCUCGGUAAUAAACGGUCCAAGCUCA